AUGGCCGAACACGAUGCGUUGGUACUUUCGUACGUUCACUUGAACAACUUCCCGAGAGCAAGCGAUGCCCUGCAUACUUUGAAAAAGGUGGCCUCUUUGGUCAAACCCCUCAUGAGAGCGCGCAACUGGAAGGUCCGGGAACUGGCCGAAUUCUAUCCCGAGCAGGGAAACCUCUUAGGUCUCAAUGUAAACCGAGGUAUGAAGAUAUGCCUGCGCUUGCGGCAUGCUGGCGACCGGAACCAGUUCAUGUCCAUCGAGAGCGUCGUCGAUACUAUGCUUCAUGAGCUAUCACACAUCGUGCACGAUGCCCACGAUUCAAAAUUCCACGCUCUCUGGGACCAACUCCGUGACGAACACCAGGGUCUGGUUCUCAAGGGAUAUACUGGCGAAGGGUUCCUGUCAGAGGGACACCGGCUGGGAGGUUCUAGGAUGCCCCAACGCGAAGCUCGUCGACUGGCCCGAGAAGCUGCCGAGAAGCGUCGAGCUAGACCUGGUGGCACUGGCUCUGGAAAACGUCUGGGAGGAGCUGGUCCUCGGCCGGGCGAGAAUAUUCGCAGCGUCAUUGCAGAUGCAGCUGAGCGACGAAACAGGACGCUCCGUGGUUGCGCAACGGAUAACCUCGACGAGUCUCAGAUCCGGAACAUUGCUGAUGCCGCUACAAGGAACGGCUUCCGAACACAGGCCGAAGAGGAUGAGGCCAAUGAUGCAGCUAUCGCGCAGGCUCUCUGGGAGUUGGUGCAGGAGGAUGAACAGGCCAAGUAUGGAAGCAGUUAUAUACCCCCAACCGCGAACAAUCCAACUGGCAAUGGCGGUGGUGCAGUGAUGAGGGACCAAGGGGGACCUAGUAGUUCGGGGUCCAGACGAUCUUUGGGCAACACGGCUGAUAGAGAGGGACAUGGUUCCAAUGCUGCAGCGAGAGAACCUCGAGGAUGGACAUGCGACACUUGCACACUACACAAUCCCGCCACCUUUCUUUGUUGUGAUGCUUGCGGGAUGGAGCGGCCCGCAAAGGCAACGCAGGCCAUAGACAAUCGCCGAUCCAGGUCGCCAAAACCUGGAAGAAGACCGGUUGUUGUCGACUUGACUCAGAGCCCGCCGCGAGAUCGACAGCAGAGCACUACCGCCUCACAGACAACAAGACCGGUGGCGAAAGCUUCCUCCGUCCCUCAGACAUGGCAGUGUAGCUUUUGCGGGACGGAGAUGGAGAGGCAAUGGUGGACCUGUUCAACCUGUGGAAAGAUGAAGGAUAGUUCGGGAUAG